CUUAAUUUCAUAAACGUUCACUCAACAAUUAUGAAUCUUCUUGUGUUCUGGACGGUCAUCGUGCUGGGGCUGGGCCCCCUCGCCGACACCACUGGGGACGCGGGGCUCCGGGGGCUCCCGGAGAAGGAGACCCGGUGUGCUGCCCUGGUGCAGGCCGCACUGAGGGAGUACAGAAAAAUUUACGAGGAGGGACUCCAAGAUUCACCAGAUGUGAUGAAUCUGAUAUUGACAAGACUGGGAAUCGCUCCGAACGGCACAAUUAAGACCGUAGAAAGGAACGUCUUUAAUAACACCGAUGAAAUGGGACAUGAAACCGGGAAAAAGACAGUUGUUGAGAAGAUGACGGAGACUGCCGCAGUGCCCAACGGAACUGUAACAAAGACUUCGGAAACCACGGUCGAUAUAGAUGAGGACGGUAAACAAAGUGGUGAAAAAUCUGUGACCGAAAGUGAAACCAUGACGGGACAGACUCCAGAUAAUGGGACCAUAGCACGAACAGUGGACGUUAAAAAGGUAUUGGACGAAGAGGGCAAUGAAGUAAAGGAGGAAGUUGUUAUGAAGAAGGAAUUGAUAGUACAACCUCCCACCAAUACGACUGAGGAAAAGCCGCGGGACAAUGAAGACGCAAAUCUUAUCGGUCCAAAAGUAGGGGCGGACGACAAAGGUGAAAACAAAACCGAGUUAAAACAUGAUGCCUCAGGAAAGAGCGACGGACCUCAGAAAGCAGAACUAACAGAGGAAAUAAAGGAGAUUCUGGCCGGCAAUAUAACGAAUGAAGUGUUAGUUAAAGAGAAAGAAGAACAGCUUUCUCCACAGGAAAGCACCAAGGUGACAUCUGUGGAAAGGAAGAACGUUACAGAGAAGGAUGAUGGACUUGAGAAAGUAGAACUGACAGAGGAAAUAAAGGAGAUUCUGCCCGGCAAUAUAACGAAUGAAGUGUUAGUUAAAGAGAAGAAGGAACAGCUUUCUCCACAGGAAAGCACCAAGGUGACAUCUGUGGAAAGGAAGAACGUUACAGAGAAGGAUGACGGACUUGAGAAAGUAGAACGAUCAGAGGAAAUAAAGGAGAUUCUGCCCGGCAAUAUAACGAAUGAAGUGUUAGUUAAAGAGAAGAAGGAACAGCUUUCUCCACAGGAAAGCACUAUUGUGACAUCUGUGGAAAGGAAGAACGUUACAGAGAAGGAUGAUGGACUUGAGAAAGUAGAACUAACAGAAGAAAUAAAGGAAAUUCUGCCCGGCAAUAUAACGAAUGAAGUGUUAGUUAAAGAGAAGAAAGAACAGCUUUCUCCACAGGAAAGCACCAAGGUGACAUCUGUGGAAAGGAAGAACGUUACAGAAAAGGAUGAUGGAAAAGAUGUCGAGAAAGAAACUGUAAUUCAAAAAGAAGUCGAAAAGAAUGUGUGUGAUAGCGACAUCAAAGAGGUUCGUAACGAAAAACAUCUUAAUGAAACAAUUGAAGACUUGAAACACCAAGUUGAUGACGUGAAAAACAAGAUUAAGGAAGAAAAAGAAAAGGCUGAAGAAACAAAUGCUACGCGUAGCCCAUGCGUCGUAAAAGAACCAAGUGCUGCCCCUGUCAUUCAAGAAGGUAACGUCGUUGAAAAGAUAGUCCCUGCUGUGACGCCGGCGAUGGUUGCCGAAAAGAUUCAUCCUACGGUGACGGAAGGGGAAGUCCCCGUUGAGACAAAAGAGAAGGUUGUUGAGCAGGCUGCCCCUUCGGUGACAGAGGAGAUCGUAAGCGUCUCUAAGGAGCAAGAAGAAGUCCCUGUUGUGGCAGAAGAGAAGAAGGUUGUUGAAAAGAUUAUCCCCUCGGUGACAGAAGGAGAAGUCCCGGUAGUCCCUCAACAGGAGGUUGUUGAAAAAGUUGCCCCAUCGCCGACGGAAGAAAAAGUUCCUGUUGUGACACAAGAAAGGGUUAUUGAGCAGAAUGUCCCACAAGAAAGGGUUAUUGAGCAGAAUGCCCCACAAGAAAGGGUUAUUGAGCAGAAUGCCCCACAAGAAAGGGUUAUUGAGCAGAAUGCCCCACAAGAAAGGGUUAUUGAGCAGAAUGCCCCACAAGAAAGGGUUAUUGAGCAGAAUGCCCCACAAGAAAGGGCUAUUGAGCAGAAUGCCCCACAAGAAAGGGCUAUUGAGCAGAAUGCCCCACAAGAAAGGGUUAUUGAGCAGAAUGCCCCACAAGAAAGGGUUAUUGAGCAGAAUGCCCCACAAGAAAGGGCUAUUGAGCAGAAUGCCCCACAAGAAAGGGCUAUUGAGCAGAAUGCCCCACAAGAAAGGGUUAUUGAGCAGAAUGCCCCACAAGAAAGGGCUAUUGAGCAGAAUGCCCCACAAGAAAGGGCUAUUGAGCAGAAUGCCCCACAAGAAAGGGAUAUUGAGCAGAAUGCCCCACAAGAAAGGGCUAUUGAGCAGAAUGUCCCACAAGAAAGGGUCAUUGAGCAGAAUGCCCCACAAGAAAGGGCUGUUGAGCAGAAUGCCCCACAAGAAAGGGUUAUUGAGCAGAAUGCCCCACAAGAAAGGGUUAUUGAGCAGAAUGCCCCACAAGAAAGGGCUAUUGAGCAGAAUGCCCCACAAGAAAGGGUUAUUGAGCAGAAUGCCCCACAAGAAAGGGUUAUUGAGCAGAAUGCCCCACAAGAAAGGGCUAUUGAGCAGAAUGCCCCACAAGAAAGGGCUAUUGAGCAGAAUGCCCCACAAGAAAGGGUUAUUGAGCAGAAUGCCCCACAAGAAAGGGCUAUUGAACAGGCUGCCCCUACGGCUACAGAAGAGAUUGUCACUGUUCCUAAAGGGAACGAAGAAGUCCCUGUUGUUGUAACAGAGGAAAAGGUUCCCGCUGUGACAAAUCAGACAGUUGUUGAAAAGAUUCAUCCUCCGGCGACAGAAGAGACUGUCACUGUUUCUAAAGGGAACGAAGAAGUCCCUGUUGUUGAAACAGAGGAAAAGGUUCCCGUUGUGACAACUCAGACAGUAACAGAAGAAAGAGUUGUCAGUCAACGGAGGGUUGUUGAGAAGGGUGCCCCCUCUGUCAACGAAAGCGUAGUUUCCAUUCCAAAGAGGGAGGAAGGAGUAGUUUAAAGAAUUGCUCCUGUUGUAAAGAAAGCAAUUACAACAGAGUAGUGAUACCAGGUUGCUGUUUCUCUUAUCUAUUUCAU